CUUCCCUGCAGUCUCACACCGCCCGAGUGCCUCUCAGAAGCCCCGAUGACGCCGAGCAUGGGAGUACUGCGCCGACCCUUCAGAUAAGGUUAUGCCUGAGCUCUUUAGCCAGCAAGAAGCUGGCUUGGCCUUGGCAUCACUGGUGUCCCUUGGGGUCCUGUUUGCCAUGUGUCUCAGUUGCCGUAGGAGAACUAGGAUUAUCCGCGAAGAAAACAUAAUUUAUGGACCUGAACUAGUCCGUGGAGGUCAAAGGUUUAAUGUAGUACGCUCCACAACCGUUCGACUGAAUGAGAAACCAAAAGACCAACCUUUUACCCCACGGGGGCCUUCUGAAGUCGUCUGUGCUGAACCAGCAGCUGCUGAAGAUCAGUCCAGCUAUCAAAAUGUUCCCAAAUCUGAUUUGGGUGAUUUUGACAGCAUGUAUGUGAAUCCAAUUCCAAACUUGGUCUACCAGAACGUAACAUCAGCGGAUAAAAAUAAGGAUGACGACACAAACUCCUAUGAAAAUGUGUUCCCUACUCUAAAGAAUGCAAUUGGUGAAGACUCAGUUCGGAUUAUGCAAACGCCGACUUCCUGCAGGAAAUGAAAGAAGAGGAAGAGGAGCCAGAUUAUGUAAACACUGAAGAUCAAAAUAAAACCUGACAUUACACACCUCUCCCCAGUCCAAGAUACUAGAAGCCGGUUUUCAUGGAGAUACAAGAGAUUGAAAAUGUGUCGUACCGAUAUAGACAACAUACUUUGAAAAGAGUACAUGCAACUCCGAGGAACGGAAGAUAACGAACAGUGUAGGUGCUACAGAACGGAUCUGGGACUGGUCUGACUGCUGUCGAGUGUAAUGAGCAAGACCGCCCUUUCUCUGUCGACCCCAAGUGGCGGACAAGUGUAACUGCAAGUCUCAUCUUCUUCGGCUGGAGUUCUGUGUCUGAGUAAAGCCUGUUACCGUGAAUUAUUCACCUAAACCGUGAGUCUGUGAGGAGCGUGUUCCACUGUUGGAGCUGACCCAAUUGUCAUAUUUGAUUCUAAAAUAAAAAUUAAGAUAUUUGUACUCCUUCCACCCGCCCCCCCCCCCCCACACUUCAAUGUAAAUCAGUUGUUGUGCUUUAAUAUU